AUGCCGAAGACAUCCAUAUUUAAAACUCGGGUAUCCACCGAGAUGCUGAUUGGCAAAGUGGUGAAACUCAGCAACAUCGGCAUUGAACACGUCCCAUGUGCUCAAGUUAGAUGCAGUAUGAAUGAAUUUAACAUUUAUUUGAAGAAAUAUUUUGCGCGAUCAUUCGAAUUUUGGGCAUUAGAUAAACAAUCGAAGGUAGACUUAGGUGACACCGUGUUGAUUCGAAGAAUUGGAAUGGAUGAGAGACCAACCACUACCGUAGCUCAUACUGUCGACCGAGUAGUAUUUAAAUAUGGUAAUAUUGUCGAUCCUGUCACUGGAAAGAGAGUUAUAAAGGACGAAUUUUCUGAUGAGAUUGAACUGAAGAAGAAACUCAUUGGAGAAAUCGUUGAUGCACCACUUGAACAAGACGCUUUGUUGUUUGACGAACGGCGAGCUGUUCAGCGUCAGAUAUUGGAGGAGAAAAAGUCCAGCCUUGAAGAAGAGAAAUCUGAUGUGUAA